AUGGCAGAACCAGACAUGAGUUCAAGCUCAAGAAGAAUACUGGCGGUGGCACUUGACAAUGAAACGGCCGUAUUGUCCAAACUAGUAAAGGACCUCACAGGAUCAGCCCCAGACACAUCAGACCCCUCCCUUAGUAUCGCGGGCACAACUCAUUCCCUUGCUCUAAAAACACCGUACUACUCCACUACUGUUCCCGUCUGGCUUGACCUCAUCGCCUCACCAUCGGAAUGGUCUGACUCAUUUCUCUCUCCCGAAGCCGUUGAAGUGCUUGCUGUGCUGGGAGGCAUAGUAGUUGUCUUUACGGCAGGGCCCAUCUCAGAGUCCCAAGACCAUCCAGCGAAGGAGCUGGUUGAGCAGGUUGGUAAUGUUCUGAAGAAAGGACUCGGAGGAUGGGAGUGGGACGGAGUUGGGUUGGCCAUUGGUGUAGGAGGUGAUGGAAACGAAGAGGACUGGGAUGAGAUAUGUGCAGAGGCUGGACUGGAGUUCGUCUCUGUUGGUGGAAAAGGUGAUACCGGCCGUAACGAGUUUGGAGAAAAAACAGGAGUGGCACGUGUAAAGCAGGCCUUGGAAGCAAACGACUGGGCUCAGAUCGAGGCACCGUUCUCUGAUUCCGAGUUUGGUGAUUUUGAAGCCAGUUCUGCCAAAUCACAGGACGAAGGAGAUAAAGAGUUGGAUCCCCAAAAGAUGGGUUUUGGAUUCGACAAGUCUGACUUUGAAGGCCUGCGACAUGCUAUAUGGGAGGCAAGCCAGGAUGUCGACGAAUCACCAGAAACCAGCAAAGUGGAGACCAACAAGGAGGAUAUACCUGAGGGAACCGCUGCAGGUGGCCUGGGAGAACUGGAUGAGGAUGAGAUUGCCAAGAUCGAGAAGAUGAUGAGAAAACUCCAAGCUGUGAGAGAAGCGGGUGAAGGGAUGGGCGAGGAACAGAGAAAGAGAAUGGCGGCCAGAGCUGUUGAGGAGGUCAUGAGAGACCUUUAA